ACCAAGCCAGUCCAGUCCAGUCGCGUCCAGUCAAGUCGGACGCUACUGGAUUGCAAAUAUUAAUUUAUCGUUGAAAUAAGGGCAAUGUAUAGAUCUGGUUUCAUACUAAGCGCGUCACGUCCAGUCCGAUCGCGUCAAGACUUGUCAAGACUGAUUGCGACUCAGCCGGUUGAAUUUUUAAUGCCAGUCUUGACAGUCGUGCACUUCAGAAUGGAUGUGGAAACCUUGAUUUCAUUAGUGCAAGCAAAAGAGGCAAUCUACGAUCCUAAACACCCGAAGCACAGAGAUCGUGAUUUCAUUGCUGCCGUGUGGAGAGGCAUAGCCAGAGAAUUAAACACAACUGACGCAGAGGUCAAGGCAAAAUGGCAAAAUUUACGAAGCAAUUACAUGCGAGAAAAACGAAAACUGAAAAGUGUCCCUUCUGGGGCCGCUACAAACAGUGUCCCGAAAAUAACAUGGCCGUAUUUUAAGUUCCUGUGGUUUUUGGAUCCUACAUUAAAACAUAAAGCAACGUCGGGAAACGUUCCGGAAUCCGUCACUGCCAAUACUGAUGACACUUCUGAGGGUCACAUUGAGUCGCAAGAUGAGCUUCAAGAAGAAAGCCAACAGUCGCCCCCAGACUCGCCACGAGCGCUUGAAGAAGACUUUCAUCAGCAGGCAUACGACGUCAUUCGUACAUCAAGUUGCGCUACUCCUGCUUUUGGCUCACUCACUCGAAGGAAACGACAAAUUCAGACAAAUGAAACGGAAAAUGCAAUGCAAGACGUUCAACGCGAGACACAGGGGGAUCGUCAGGAGACGUAUCCAGACAUUCGUUCGCCAAGUGGUUCCACACGUUCUGAUGACUUACUACUUCGGGGGAAAAGACAAAAGAAAAAAAUUGAUACCGAAAAUGAAAUUGAUAGGCAAUACCUUAAACACCUACAGGCAAUUUCGGAUAACGCGAAAGAUGACCAAGAUCCGGACUUAUUGUUUCUACGAAGUUUACUUCCAUCCAUGAAACAACUUGGACCUCUCGAAAAUUUAGAAUUUAAAGGCGAAGUCAUUAAUUUAUUACAGACAAAGAUACGUUCUCAAUCGAAUCCACCAUCAGUCGCUGCUUCUACAUUUUCCCAUUAUUCCGCUAGUAGUGCACAUUCGCUAGAAGAACUGGCUGAUGACAUUACACCCACAAAUACUUUGGAGUCGUAUGUACUGCAUACUUUUAAAUAGUUAUAUUUCAUUUUUAAGAAUCUUGGUGUAUUUGUAAGAAUGUUGUUUUUUCUUUAUAAACAUAUUAAACAUUUGCAAAAAAAUUUGCUUUAUUUGAAACGGUUUCCUUACCUCAGGAAAACGGCUAGUCUUUCUUCUGGGGAAAUGGCAGCUCUGUAGUUGGUAUUUUCUUUUCGAAUCCGUUCAGCGAUCAAAUUUCUUAGUUGAAAAAACAAAUCUGGGCUCAUACGAAAGUAGUUGUAAAAUUUUUUGGGGUCAUUUAGUAAGUCGGGAAAUAAAUGGUUAAAAGAACCGAACACUGGUCUCCUGGUAUGUAUGGGAUGAAUCCAAAACAGAUUUCGUCGUUUCUUUACCCUUCUUCUUCUUCUGUGUAGCCUACGUAAAAUUAUGCCUUGGAGAAGUACGUCCAUCUUGACACAACUUCGCCACAAAACUGACGCGACGUAUUCAGUGUGAAAGGAAAUAUUGACGUGACUUGACUGGACAAGACUUGACUGGACGCGACUGGACUGGACUGGCUUGGUGCGA